AUGGACGGAAAUUCGCAAAACAAUUAUACAGGUGGCUGGAAUAAUAAUAAUAAUAAUAUUCCAUCCACUAAUUAUAGUCAGGGACUAAUUCCUCAUGGUAGUGGUCCUCGUGCCUUUACUGAUAACUGGCACAUACCACAUCAAACGCCGAUAUACUAUGCUGAUAACCAGCACAUACCACAUCAAACACCAACAUACUAUCCUGAUAACCGGUACAUACCACAGCAAGCUCCGACACAGUUUGUUGAUAACAGGAACUUACCACAUCAAGCUCCGACACAGUUUGUUGAUAACGGGAACUUACCACAUCAAACACCAACUGAUAAUAGGCACAUACCACAUCCAAUGCCGACACACUAUGCUGAUAAUAGGCACAUGCCACAUCAAACACCAACAUGCUAUCCUGAUAACCGUUACAUACCACAUCAAGCUCCGACACAGUUUGUUGAUAACAGGAACUUACCACAUCAAACACCAACUGAUAAUAGGCACUUACCACAUCCAACGCCGACAUACUACGCUGAUAAUAGGCACAUACCACAUCCAACUCUGACACACUAUGCAAAUAACACGCACUUACCACAUCCAAUGCCGACACACUAUGCUGAUAACACACACUUGCUACAUCAAAGGCCGGAACACUAUGCUGAUAAGAGGGACUUGCCACAUCCAACGCCGACACACUAUGCUGAUAGCAUGCACUUACCAUCUCAAAUGCCGGCUCACUAUGCUGAUAAGAGGCACUUGCCACACCAAACGGUGGAACACUGUACUGAUAACAAGCACUUGCCAUCUCAAACGCCGGCACACUAUGCUGAUAAGAGGCACUUGCCACAUCAAACGGUGGAACACUGUACUGAUAACAAGCACUUGCCAUCUCAAACGCUGGCACACUAUGCUGAUGAGAGGCACUUGCCACAUCAAACAGUGGAACACUGUACUGAUAACAAGUACUUGCCAUCUCAAAUGCCGGCACACUAUGCCGAUCAGAGGCACUUGCCACAUCAAACGGUGGACUGUACUGAUAACAAGCACAUGCCUCAUCAAUCUCUGGUACACUAUGAAGAUAAAAUGUGUUUGCCACAUCAAAAGACAAAAGACUUGGCUGAUAAAAUGCACUUACCAAAUCAAAAUCCAGAAGAUUGUGCUGUUAACAAGUGCUUACCGCAUAAAACACCAGAUCACAAUGCUGAUAAGACGAAGUUACCUCAGCAAACGUCAGAAGCCUAUGCCGAUAAGAGGAAGUUACCUCAUCAAACGUCAGAACACUCUUCAGGUAAGAAGCUCUUACCACAACAAACACCUAAAGACUCUGCUGAUAAGAAACUCUUACCACAACAAACACCUAAACACUAUGCUGAUAAGAAGCUCUUACCACAACAAACACCUUUACCACGAACACCUAAAGACUCUGCUGAUAAGAAGCUCUUACCACAACAAACACCUAAAGGCUCUGCUGAUAAGAAGCUCUUACCACAACAAACACCUAAAGACUCUGCUGAUAAGAAGCUCUUACCACAACAAACACCUAAAGACUCUGCUGAUAUGAAGCUCUUAUCACAACAAACACCUAAAGACUCUGCUGAUAAGAAGCUCUUACCACAACAAACACCUGAAGACUGUGCUAAUAAGAAGUGCUUACCACCACUUUUAUACUGUGAAAUUUGUGAUCUUAUUUUGAAUCCCAAGUCUUUGGAAAGUCAUAAUAAAGGAAAGAGGCAUCGAAGAAGGUUAUUAGAACUAAGUGAGCAAGCAACGAAACAUAAAACAUCAAGUGGAGAAAAGAUUGGACAUAGUCGAAGUUCUCAAAUUAGUAAAGAAGCCUAUGUUGAUAACAAAUGCUUACCUCAUCGAAUGUCAGAAAACUGUGCUGCUAAGAAGAACUUAACACAACAAACACCUGAAGUCUAUGCUGAUAAAAAGUGCUUACUGCAACAAACAUCAAAAGACUUUGCUAAUAAAAGGCCCCUACCACAUCAGAAGCCGAAAGCCGAUGCUGAUAACAUGUGCUUACCGCAACAAAGAGCAAAAGACUUUGCUAAUAAAAGGGCCUUACCACAUCAGAAGCCGGAAGCCUAUGGUGAUAACGAGUGCCUACCUCAUCAAAUGUCAGAACACUAUGCUGAUAAGAAUAACUCAUCACAACAAGCCCCUAAAGACUAUGCUAAUAAGAAGUGCUUAGCACCAAGGAUACAUUGUGAAAUUUGUGAUAUUAAGUUUGGUCCCAAGGAUUUGAAAGGUCAUAAUAAUGGAAAGAAACAUAAAAAAAGGUUAUCAAAGCUACGUGAGAAAUCAAUGAAACAUAAUACUUCAAAUGGAGAAGAGAUUAGACAUAUUCAAAGUUCUCAAGUUAAUCCAGUAGUUCAACCUAAGAAAGUUCCUGCUGAUGCUUCUAAAAGGAAACACGGGGAUCACACUGGUGCAAAGGAUUGCGAUUUCAAGGUAGAGAAUGUGAAAAAUGAAACUUCAAGUUUCAAGAAAACUAGAGUUCCAGUUGAAAUCUCUAAAAGGAAAGUCAUGGAUAACACCGAUGCCAAGGGUCAUGGUUUCAAACACGAGAUUGAAGGAGCAACAGGAGUUAAGUACAUGAAGAUGAAUGAUGGGACAGGAAGGUUUGUGAAGUCAUCAAAAAUUGAGGUCAAUGCUGUGUCGAAUUCGGUCAAAUCUCUAGUGCAAACACCUGAAAUAACACCACCAUCAGGGCACGUGGCUUCUUCUGAAAUAGCAACAGUCCUUGCUGAAAGAUCUAGUUUUGAGCUACAGUCUCAACAUGUCUCCGUCUCACUCUCUCAAGAGUCUAAAGGCAAAAAACAUUACAAUUUUCAAAAUACUACUGUAGAAAAGAAUGAUCAGCCACAAUCAACCCCAGUAGAGUUGAAUGCCUCAACAAGCUCUAAUGUUAUUGCCGAAACAGAAUAUGUAAGUUCUGAUUUUGCUGUAACAGCAACACCACAAGAUCCUGUGGCUUCUCAUGUAUUCACACCAGCAGCAGCAGCAGGAUCAAGUUGUGAACCCAAAAAUCAUGGUGAUUUACUGAGAGAAGUAACAGAAGCCAAAAAACAUCAUGAGGUUCAGAAAUGUGUAGAAAUUGUCGCUGAAGAUAAAUUUUCUGACUCUGGUGCAAUAGUAAUAGCACUACCACAAGGCCUUAUGACUUCUCAGGUACUCACACCGUCACCAGCAUCUCGAUCAAGAUUUGAACCUCCACUUCAAAUCAAUUCACAGAUCGAAGUAGAAGAAGGCACAAAACUCCACGAGGUUCAAAAUCAUAGUGUGGAAACAAAUGAUCAACCACACUCAAUAUCAAUGGAGUUCCACGUCACUGCAAGUUCUGAUAUUAAUACCUUGAUCGAAGGUUCAUGUUCUGAUUCUAUUGCUAUCGUAAUAGCACCACCACAAUCUCCUAUUGCUAAUGAAGUACCCCCACCAGUAGCAGUUAUACAGACCAAAAUGUCUGAUAGAAAAGUUCAUAAUGAGAUUCAGAAUCAUAUUGUUGAUUCAAAUAAUCAGCAACAUUCAAUCUCAAGGGAGUUGCACGACAUUGACGGUUCUAUGACAAACAACCAAACAGAAAUUGUGAAUUCUGACUCUACAGCGAAUUUUUUUUACAGAGAACCACUUUCAUCACUACUGCCAGGUGCAGCGGGGUCAAGUUUUGAGCCUGUUGAGAGCCAACAUCCUGCUGAGGAAUCAGAUAUUGAACUGCCACCACCUGUCUUAAUGGAGAUUGAUGGCGCUUUAGAGGACAGUGUUGAAACCAGAACUGAAGAUGGAAGUUCUCGAGUGGAAAUGGAGAUGGAUGUCGAUCUCUCCCCUGAAUCAGGGAAAACUAAGUUGCUCAAGGUGUCUGUUUGUCUUACGUGUGGCGAUGAAGGCUUUGAAGAGGCAAUAGUAUAUUGCAGCAAAUGUGGAGAUUAUGCAAUGCAUAGAUAUUGUUUAGCUGGUCCUGUGAUUUUUACCGACAAGGUUACUUGGUUUUGUGAGGAUUGUGAAAAAAUGGUAGUACAAGCAGAUCAUCAUAACAGUGAGACUCUAGAAUCAGAAAAAGACGAAGUUGUUUUUGAUCCGGAGCCUAUUGCUGAUCCAAUUUGGAGUAGUGGAAGUUUGCAGGUUUUCAACAAAAGCUUUGAUAAAAUCAGUGGACUAAUGGCCCAUUUGUCGACAUUAGCUUGCCCUAAAGUUCUUGAGGAGGCAAGACAUCUCCCUGAUGUGCUUUAUGCAAACUUGCUUCAAAGAUCAGCUAUGUGGCCAGAGAGUUUCAAGAAAUUUGGAACAAAUAAUCUGAGCAUUGGGCUCUAUUUCUUUCCUGAGAAUGAAAGUGUUGAGAGAUAUUAUGACAAGCUAGUUGAUGAAAUGAUUUCCAAAGAUCUUGCCAUUAGAGUCAUGGUUGAAAAAACUGAGCUUUUAAUUUUUCCUUCUACAUUGCUCCCAAGACAAUAUAAGAGGUUUCAUUCAAAGUAUUAUUUAUGGGGGACUUUUAGAAGAAAGCAUGCCUCAAGCACCAUGAAAGAUACAUGA